UAACCGUACCCCAGAUCAUGUUUCAGAGGGUACGCUAUACCCCUAAAACAGCACCGUUCCUGACCUUCCGUACGUACGUUCCUGUGUCGUGGCUUUGUAACUGCCGCGAGUCGCGCGAGUCAGGGGCCGAUGGAACCGUCGAAGACGAUUUGCACGUAUGGUAUCGCGUUGUAUGUACGCUAGACCUGCGGUGGUACGUUAUGCCCGAUCGUUAAAAGAGCCGAACGUGUGGUAUCGAUACUUGCACCGUGUCGCCGACUGGUCCGUAUCAUUCUGUUUCUGGAAUAAACGGAUGGACGAACCAAUAAGUGGAAAAUGUAAGUGAAACAUCGCAGCGACGAAACGAAUUGGAUUAUUCCAUCGUUACCGCCGCUGUGCUACGUCAAACCUGAUGUUGCAUCGCCUAUCUACCAUCUCGCUCGCUCGCUCGGUCGUUCGGUUCAUUCGUCGCGAACGUUCCGCGAGUGGAGCUGCGUUGUGCGUUAAAACGACGCGAUAACCUAGCAAUGCGGCGACUUUCAGGUACAAUGACAAUUUAAACUGGCCUUCGGGUCAGCGAAUAUUUGUUUGCAGCUUCCGUCGUCCCCUUUCUGCCUUAUAUUCGUGACCAAGCGUACGCAGAUUUCGGAUUGUAAUUUUGCUCUUUUUAUUUUCCGAUUGUAUGUAUACAUCGCGGUUUCGAUGUACUCUUGAAUAAUUACCUCGUGAAUAAGAAAUGGUUCGGAUCGUUAACUGAAGGUUACGUAUCGUGAUAUUUAAGGCUCGAUAUCGCUGAAAGUGCCGUGACAGUGUCGUUCGUCGGGCAGAAAAAUGCUAGUCGUCGCUUCGUGUCAUUUGCGCAAUGUCAUUCCGAGUUCUCGAACGAUCGGAGCGAUUAUGAACAAUCGAACUCGCGCGUGUCGUCGUUGUGAAGUCGAAGUCGCUUCAUCGCAAUUAAUAACGCGUUAGAAAAAGAAGAAAAUGUAAAAAGAAAAGUGUCAAAAGGAACAGAGGAGAUUUACUCAUCUUGUUUUUCUAACAUCUUUCGAAUUUUCGGAUCAUCUCAACAAUGGCGGAAGGCGGAAGGCUCAUUUCGGAAAAUUCGAACAGUUAACGGGUCAACAGUGUCGCCGAGUACGCAGGAAAGAUAUUCGAGUUAACCUCUUGACCUACGCAACGCGCAUGGGCCACCUUGUAAUCUCUUCUAUUUUCCUUUUUUUCGCAUUCCGCGCCACGUUGUUCGCAGAAGUAACGGAACGAGCACGUCGUGCGUUGCGCAACUUGAAAUCACAAAAGAAAGGUCAGUAGAAAAGAAAUGCUCCAUCGAUCAGUUGUCAGAAGAAAAACAGUUCAAAUUCACGUGGAUGAUGUUUGGCUGGGGUAGUACCAUCCAUGGUGAGUUGGGACUGGGCGGUAUCGAGGCUGAGAAUAUCUUCAUGCCUCGGGCAGUGGAAUUUACGGAAACAGAGAACAUUGAGCAAAAAGGUCGAAAUUGUAGUUUCAUGCGGAGAGAAUCAUACGGUGAUCGUUACCAAGGAUGGGCGCGUUUAUUCCUGCGGUAACAACGAUUACGGACAGCUCGGCCACGAGAAGACGAGGAAGAGAUUCCAAUUGGUAUCUGGCCUGGAGGCGUUUGUGUUCAAAAUGGUAGCGUGUGGUUUUUGCCACACUUUGGGGAUAAAUGAGUGGGGACAACUCUUCAGCUGGGGUUCUAACGGAAAGGGUCAAUUAGGUUUAAAUAGCACUGAUUCCAUAGAGCGUGUGCCGCAUAUGAUAAAAACGCUAGCUACAAAGACAGUAGUGCAAGUGGCGUGUGGCGUCGAGCACUCUGUCGCUCUGACCAACGACGGCGAGGUGUACAGUUGGGGUAGCAACAUGGACGGGCAGUUGGGAUUAGGGAGCAAUGUAGGUUGCGAGUUAAAGCCCACGAGGAUUCCGGCUCUGGCUGCUGUACCGAUUGUGUUUAUUGCGUGUGGCGGACACCACACAAUAGCCAUAUCGAAAUCAGGAGUGGUGUAUGCGUGGGGGCUAAACACCUUCGGGCAAUUGGGAUUGAAUGAUGACAUUAACAGAAGCGGACCCUUUCAACUGCCCACCCUGAGAAACGCAAAAGUGUGCUAUGCAGCAUGCGGCGAAGAGUUCUCCGUAUUUCUGACGAUAGACGGUGGAGUGUUCACUUGCGGCGCUGGCAUGUACGGCCAGUUGGGUCACGGGACUAAUACCACCGAGAUCUUACCGCGACAAGUUAUGGAACUGAUGGGUAGCACGGUGACACAAAUAUGUUGUGGCAAAAAGCAUACGUUGGCAUUGGUGCCAUCGAGAGGUAGAGUUUACGCGUGGGGUCUAGGUGGUGUCGGACAGUUGGGUAAUCGCAUCGCACAGAGCGCUACAACCCCGCAAGUCGUGCUUGGCCCAUGGGCCUCGCCGAGCGGAUCAUCGGCCGUGCUCGAUCCGUACUACAGUCCUCAACUUGACUGCGUUGUCAAGCAUAUCUACUGCGGCGGCGAUCACUGUCUCGCCACAGUUACCUCGAGAAAAGAUAAUAUAGAGCCAGAUGACUGUAGAAUAUUAGGGCCAUCCUACCAAGUUCUCACGGUGACGGAGGAGAAGCUGAUCGAGUGUCAAAAGAUUCCACCAGGCAUGCAAGUUAAUCAUGAAUUAAUGACAUAUAUAGAGACUGUGUUCAGGAGCCAAGCGUGUAUAAACGCGUCCUUCUUACUCGCUAACGACCAGCACUACGGAUGCUCAAGUAAGAACCACGGUAUCGAUAUCGAAUGCGCGAUUAAGUUGUUCGGGAUCAUCGCGGAACUCGAGAACAACACGAUUCAGGAACUGAUAUUUACGUGCAUAACCGAAAGCUUGAUACCAACGUUUGCCGUAUCGCCGCCCGACGUGGAAACCCUGAGAGUGUACGUAACGUUGCCAUUGUAUCACGGGUUCGCGAAUCUGUCCAACUACAAAUGUCUACAGGCACCGUUCUGUAAGGCGUUGGUGUCUCUAAAGGAGGAAUCGCGUCAGACCGUGAGUCAGUGGUGGGGCAACACCUCGAAGUAUUACUUCGAGAGACUAGUGAGGAUUUAUAAGACAGUGAUGCUGCAAUUCCUGAAAGAAUCGACAGUGAACAAGCGCAUUACAUGGAACGAAAACCUGAGGUACGUUCUAGAAAUGUUGUCCAUUUUAAACAAGCGAAACAAUGCGGACGAUCGGAUAGUACCUCACGAGACCUUUUACAUGCCUGAAAUAACGGAAUACAUAGACAUUCAUCACGAUUAUCUCAACUGGCUGAUGGACGAGCUAUAUUACCGUAAAAUAUACCUCUGUAACUAUGCUUUCAUAUUUGACGUCGAGGCGAAAACCACGCUACUUCAACUGGAUCAAAGUUUACAGAUGCGGGGCGCAAUGCAAGAAGCGGCAACGCGCGCAGUUAGGGAGAUGUUGUCCGGUGUGGGCAACCUGUUCGUCGCCCAUAACAGUCAAUUUUUAACCCUGCUCGUAUCGCGAGAAGACAUCGUCGCGAAUACCCUAGCUCAGCUGCCCCACUACAAUUCGAGCGACCUGAAAAAGCCGCUUCGAGUCAAGUUCAACGGCGAGGAAGCCGAGGACGUGGGCGGCGUGAAGAAGGAAUUCUUCAUGCUCCUCUGGCGGGAACUGCUCGACCCUAAAUAUGGCAUGUUCAAGGAGUACGAGGAGAGCAGGAAGCUGUGGUUCAAUUCUGACUCAUUAGAGGACACGGACAUGUUCACCCUGAUCGGCAUACUUUGCGGUUUGGCUAUCUACAAUGCAACAAUAAUAAACUUGCCUUUUCCAAAGGCCUUGUAUAAGAAGCUGUUGAACGAAGCGAUCGACCUGAGCGACAUGGAGGAUUUGUCACCGAUAAUGGCCAAGAGUAUGGAAAGUAUACUCAACUACAACAAGCCGGACUUCGAGGUAGUGUUCUGCUUGAAUUUCGAGAUAGUCAGAGACGUAUUUGGUGAGCAAAAAAUUUACGAACUGAUACCUGGCGGUAGCAAGAUUCCGGUCGCGUUAAAGAACAAGCAACAGUACGUGGACCUCUACGUCGACUACAUAUUCAACAAAUCGGUGGAGUUGCAGUACAAAGCGUUCGACGACGGCUUCCACAAGGUAUGCGGCGGCAGAUUGUUGCAGCUGUUUCACAGUCACGAGUUGAUGUCGCUGAUGGUUGGCAAUGAGAAUUACGAUUGGAAGCAGCUGGAGAUGAACACCACUUAUAAGGACGAUUACUUCAAAGAGCAUCCGACUAUUGUACUCUUCUGGCAGGUAUUUCACGAAUUACCGCUGGAGGAAAAGAAGAAGUUCCUGCUCUUCCUGACGGGCACCGAUAGAAUACCUAUUCAAGGCAUGAAAGUUAUCAAGAUAACGAUACAGCCAAUGAGCGACGAACGUUUCUUGCCAGCUGCACAUACCUGCUUCAAUCUGCUCGAUCUGCCGCGUUACAAGACGCGCGAGAGAUUGAAGUACAAGCUGUUGCAAGCUAUUCAACACAAUGAAGGGUUUUCGCUUGUGUGACAGCUCAAUGUGCUACAAAGCCUCCUUCUUGACUACCUGCCUGCGAUUUUUACGCGCUCUCUAUUUGCGUACCGCUUCAUUCACAAAUUUUGACGAGAGACGAAUGUUUAUGUGACUUCGUCGUGCGGAAUCGAUCCGUGCGAGGAUGCGUUGCCUCACUUUUCUGAUAUCUAGUCACAGAUCAGUAAAGCGAAUCUUACGUUGUCGGAUACCAGCUCAGACCAAGCCUAACACAAGCUCAAACGGGACGCAAGGAAAUCGAAAAAGGAGGAAAAACAUUUUUUCAUUGCGUUAAGAAUAAGAGUUCGAUCUUCUUGCCGAGAUUUGAGCGGAAAUAUUUUAUGCAAUGCCUCAUCACAAUUAAUGCAAAUUGGACUGACACAUUUUGACAUCGUUGCUUCAUCGAAGUAGACUGCAGAAAAUUUCAUGACGGAACUGAUUGAGUUUCAUUGCAACGUGAAAAUCGGAAUCGCAUAUCAUUUUUAUUAUUGUAUAUGGAACGUUUUGAUUAAUCUGUAUGUCUUUAAUUACAAAGAGAGUCUAAUAAUUCGCGCUGGUGGAAAUGAUCGGUUGAGCGGUUGAGGAAACGCGUCUGAUUAUUUCUGGGAGAAAAUGCUUGGAGUUUUAUUUGAGUCAAGGUGACACGAUACUCAGGGAAAGAUAUUUAACAGUAUGAUUCGAUUUUUUUUAGCGCAAUAAAUUCACUACUUUUCGGGAACAUAUUCAAUAUUUAAUUCGAUAUCUGUGCAGUGCGUUGUUCAUUCAAAAGUAUAUUUUGAGCUUGCUGUGAAACACGAAGGAUGGAUAUUGAAAAUACAUUAUGUUUAAAUGAAUGUUUGAAAACUGAGCGUUAGACAUGCAGACGUAACUUGAUACUUGCGGCUAAAUACAUGCACCGUAAAUAAAGCAUUUAUUUAUUACGGCCAGAAUUUAUAUUUAUGUUUUUAUGAUACGAGGUUUUUGAUAGGUGCAAGUUUUUAGGUGAUUCGAGACGACAUGUGACAUUGAGCUGUCUUCAUUUGUGAUGUUGAAUGUUUGAAACUUGAUAUGAAAUAUUUUGUAAAUUGUUAAUACUUAGAUGCGUCUUAUAUGAUAAAUGAGAAAAUAAAAUUAUCAUUACCU